UAGGUCAAGACGGCGCAUCGAAGACGCCGUAACAUUAUGCGUUUCCCACCUUCCCAUCAACUCUACCGCCUCUUCUCCUCUUCUUCCACCUCUUCAACCGCCGCCGCCUCUGUCCACCUCCCUUCCGCCUUCCCCGCGGCUGAUCCAUCUACCACUCUCGACCUUGAUACCAUCUUAGAAACCCUCACUAGCUACGCCAGUGACUGGCAGCGGGCCCUCGAUUUCUUCCACUGGUCCUCGGCCGCCGCCGCCGCGGGCGGCCCGACCCACACUGCCGCCGCUCUUUCCCGGACCAUCGAUAUCCUCGGCAAGCACUUCGAGUUCCCCCUCGCUUGGAGCCUCCUCUCCUCUCACCCCCUCUCCCCUCCCGACCUCCUCCGCCCCUCGUUCCGCGCCCUUUUCAACCGCCUUGCCGCCGCGCACCUCGUUGACGAUGCCCUUACCGCCUUCGACCGCGCCGCCGCCCAACACGGCCUCCGUGAUCGUGUUACCUUCCACCUCCUCGUCGAUGCCCUCUGCGACCACCGCCAUGCGGCCGAGGCCGAGGAGAUCUGCCUCCGUUCCAAAACGCCGCCUUUCCCACCCGACACCAAGACUUACAAUCUCCUCCUCCGGGGAUGGCUCAAGAUGGGAUGGUGGAGCAAGUGCCGCGAGUUCUGGGAGGAGAUGGAUCGGAAAAGGGUGGAGAAGGACCUCCAUUCAUACUCCAUCUACAUGGAUAUCCUCUCCAAGGCUGGGAAACCGUGGAAGGCUGUCAAAUUAUACAAAGAGAUGAAGAAAAAAGGGUUCCUUUUAGACGUCGUUGCGUAUAACACAGUUAUCCAGGCGAUUGGGCUUUCACAAGGUGUCGAUUUCUCAGUUAGAAUGUACAGGGAGAUGCUUGAUUCUGGUUGCAAGCCUAACGUUGCGACCUUCAACACGAUCAUAAAGUUGCUGUGUCAGGAGGGGAGGUUCAGGGAGGGGUAUGCUUUUGUUGAUCAGAUGAGGAAAAAGGGUUGUGAGCCAAAUGCGAUGACUUACCACUGCUUCUUUCAGAAUCUGAGUAGGCCACAGGAGAUUCUUGGGCUGUUUGAUAAGAUGAUAAGGAGUGGUUGCCGGCCGAAGAUGGAUACCUAUGUGAUGCUGAUGAGCAAGUUUGGAAGGUGGGGGUUUCUCAGGCCGGUGUUUAUGAUUUGGAACUCAAUGUUGGAGCAUGGCUGUAGCCCGGAUGCAUUUGCUUAUAAUGCAUUGAUUGAUGCAUUAUUGCAGAAGGGGAUGGUUGACAUGGCUCGGAAAUACGAUGAGGAGAUGGUGGCAAAGGGGCUCUCACCAAAGCCAAGGAAAGUGUUGGGGACCAACGGGCCGGGUAUGCAGGCUGAUGAUGAUCAUGAUGAUGUAACUCAUGUCUUUUGAGGGCACAAAUAAAAGAGAGUUCAGGCACAUAAUGCAUGGCAUUCUUAUUUAUGAUUGACCUCAUGGAUGAGAACUUGCGUCUGAUAAUUAUUGAUGCGCCUAUGUUAUUAAAAAAAAAUUCAGAGGUGUUUGCACAGUUACAAAAAAUUUGGAUAUGCUAUAAUACUUGAGGUCAUCAAAAUAGAAGGUCAUAAUUGGAUGUAUUAUUGUAGCAGGAAUUAACAGCUGGAUACUCCAAUUACCCAGAAAGCUACUGUCUUUUUUACUAGGUAGGUUCAUUCAAUACUUUAGCAUGUUCCAAUCUACUUGUCAGUGGUGUCUCCCAUUGCCAUGAUCAAGCUGUCUUCAAAAGUGUUCCAUACUUCUGCCACUCUUCGAUCCAUUAACCCUUUGAUCGCUUCACGAAAAUGAUUCUGCUGCUUCCAUCCGGAUCAACUGGCUGUGCCCAUUACCAACAAGUUCUUGAAGAUGUCAACAUAUCUAUGUGCACAUCCUUGAAUCCAUGUAUGCGUAUCUAGAUCUUGGUUUUACAUAAACAAAAACAAGAACUUGAUGGAUUGCAGGAAGGUUAUGACAAAGUUAAUGAAGAAUGGGAAGGUUGCAGAGACUCCUAAUGAUCACCAGUUGUUCAAAUGAGAGCAAUCUCAAGGAUGGGGACCAACUUAAGAGGAUACCAGUCACUGACAUCUUUCUUCUUGCUGACCGAAAAGAUACUUUUACUGCAGAUGCAUCAAGGUGACCACGGAUUGAACUAACCAGCUUUAUGGACAGGUACGACGGCCUCGAAGAAAUGCUGUCUUUGGAUGAAUUACUUCGGUAAUGACACAAGAAUUAAUACAGAAAUUAUUAUAGAGAGUACUUACAGGUGUAAAUACCCAUCUGCUCUGUUUUUUAUAACUGAAGCUAGCAAGUGUAGAUGGACUAGGAUUGAUAUGCUUUGUAUUAUAAUAGAUAUUGGUCGAGCAAGCUGUCCAUGUGUUUCUCCGUAGUAUCGAAAUUAUAGUUUAACAUAUGGUGAUAUUAUGUAUUUGUUGAGACAUUCUAGUGAUGAGUGAGAUAUUGGUCUCAAGUUCGAGAUCAUGUGUUAGUGUUUUGUAUGUCGUUUAAUGUAAUAAAAAUUUCUUAUUGAAAAAGAUAUCAUCAUUGGUUUUGCUUUCA